GCAAUCAAACUAAAGGUUAUACAAGUAUAAACAAUAAUAAACACGAGAAGUAUCAUACUCGUGACCGAAAGACACACCCUAUAGCACUGCUGCAAAUUAUUCAAUAGUCCCACACCAUGUCAGAAGCCCAAACGGACCGUUUUGCACAAUUUAAACUUGUCCUUUUAGGAGAGAGUGCCGUUGGUAAAUCAUCCAUUGUCCAUAGAUUUGUUAAGAAUACAUUUGAUAACAUGAGAGAGUCCACCAUUGGUGCUGCGUUCUUGACCCAAUCGGUGACUCUUCCAGAGUCCAACACCACCGUCAAAUUCGAAAUUUGGGACACUGCUGGUCAAGAACGUUACAAGUCUUUGGCCCCUAUGUAUUACAGAAAUGCCCAUGCUGCGCUUUGUGUGUACGACAUCACCAGCCGGUCCUCGUUCAACAAGGCCCAGGACUGGAUCAAGGAACUCAAGAAACAGGCCCCCGAGGGUAUUGUCAUUUGUUUGGUGGGGAACAAGCUUGAUUUGGAAGAGGAAAGAGAAGUGACUCAAGACGAAGUUGCUGAGUACAUUGAACAACUCAACCAAGAGGAGAAUAGACUCAUUAGUUCCGAAUGUUCUGCCAAAUCAGGCGACGGGGUAUUGGAUGUGUUUAAUACAAUCGCCAGAGCGUUGCCAAUUGAGGAUGCCAUUGGUGGUUCAAGAGCUAGACAACAAAGAAUGGUAAAGAGAGGCGCUGGGGUUGAUUUGACCCGCAAUAGACCACAACAGCAAGCUGGAAGUAGUUGUUGUUAAUCUGAAGAACGAGAAGAAUCUAGUGACCCGUUCGCCGACCAACAACCACAUCCACGCCACAAAGUUACAGCACAAGCGACGCCACUUUUGGCCACCCUUCUACUCCCUUGUUACACUCUCCUGUUCUCCUCCUUCAUAUUCGAGGUGUGUGUAGCAUCUCCAUUGUUUCAGUUCAUAGGACAAUCCAUAUGUGUUCCUUCCCAUACAUAAUAUAUUAUUUAGUC